AUUUAAAAUCGUAAUAUAAAAAUUUUAAAAUUAAAUCAAAAUUAUAUAUAUUACAAACUAGAAAGUGAAGAUAUUUGUUUAAAUAAAAUGAUGCAUAGGGAUUGCUGAGGGUGAGAAUGGAUAAGAAGGUAGAGGUUGUAACAGAUGAAGUUGAUGGAUUGAAAUUCAAAUUAACGGAUGGUGUUGAUGUGGCAAAAGAUGGAAUUAUUUACUUCACAGAUGCUACUUACAAAUACUCUUUAGAGGACCACUUCUUAGACUUGUUGGAGGGUAAGCCUCAUGGUAGAUUCAUCAGUUAUGAUCCAACAACAAACCAAACAAAAGUGAUUGCUCAUAAUCUCUACUUUCCCAAUGGUGUUGCUGUCUCACCAGAUCAACAAUUUGUCAUCUUCUGUGAAAGUUUUCUGAUGAAGUGCAAGAAAUAUUACAUACAAGGCCCUAAGAAAGGUACUAUUGACAAGUUUUGUGACCUACCUGGUGCUCCUGAUAAUAUUCAUUAUGAUGGACAAGGAAACUAUUGGAUUGGAAUAGCCACGGAAUUUACAGCUGGAAUGGAAUUAGCAUACAAAUACCCUUUCAUUCGGAAGGCUGUAAUGAUGUUUUCAAAGUAUAUAAUGAAUCCAAGUUUUGCCAAGAAUGGAGGAGUUAUAGCUGUUGACUUGGAAGGAAACCCAAUUGCUCACUAUUAUGAUCCCAAAUUAUCAUUAACAAGUGGAAUUAAAAUUGGUAAUCACAUUUAUUGUGGCUCCAUUUCCUACCCUUUUAUAAUAAGUCUUGAUGUCAACCAAUAUCCUGCCACUCACUCAACUUGAACAAUAAAAUACAUCUACCUCAUAAGAUUAUAUGAUGUAUGUUAUAUGUUUUUUAAUUAAUCUAUUUUCUGACUA